AUGGACGCCGAGUACCCUGCCUUCGAGCCCCCGCUCUGCAGCGAGCUCAAGCACCUGUGCAAGCGGCUCCAGGAGGCGUACCGGGAGCUGAAGGAGGACCUCACACCGUUCAGGGAUGACCGCUACUACAGGCUGGCGCCCAUGCGGCUGUACACGCUCUCCAAGCGCCACUUCGUCCUCGUGUUCGCCGUCUUUUUCGUCUGUUUCGGCCUGACCGUCUUCGUCGGGAUCAGAGGACCCAAAGUGAUCCAGACUUCUGCAGCUAAUUUUUCACUAAAUAAUAGCAAAGAGCUAAAGCCAGUUCAGAUACUUUCAAACCCGCUGUCUACAUAUAAUCAGCAACUAUGGCUGACAUGUGUUGUUGAGUUGGAGCAUUCCAAAGAAACAGCUAUUCGGACAAACUUCACCAUGACUGUUAAGGUCGAUGGUGUAGCUCAGGACGGGACCACCAUGUUCAUUCAUAACAAAGUUCACAAUCGGACGAGGACCCUCACGUGUGCAGGGAAAUGUGCAGAAAUUAUUGUGGCUCACCUCAGCUACUUGAAUUACACUCAAUAUACAGUGACUGUGGGAUUCAAACACCUGAAGGAACGCAUCAAGGAAAUGAACUUCACCUGGAAGACUUACGACCCUGCGUUUUCCCACUUGGAAAUUUGGUUCAGAUUCGUCUUUGUGGUGCUAACCUUCAUUGUCACUUGCCUGUUUGCUCACUCCCUCCGGAAGUUUUCCAUGCGAGACUGGGGCAUCGAGCAGAAGUGGAUGUCCAUUCUCCUGCCUCUGCUGCUACUUUACAACGACCCGUUCUUCCCCCUCUCCUUCCUGGUGAACAGCUGGUUCCCGGGGAUGCUGGACGACCUCUUCCAGUCUGUGUUCCUGUGCGCCCUGCUGCUCUUCUGGCUGUGCGUGUACCACGGGGUCCGUGUGCAGGGAGAAAGGAAGUGCUUGACUUUCUAUUUGCCCAAAUUCUUCAUCGUUGGAUUAUUGUGGUUGGCCUGUGUUACCCUCGGAAUAUGGCAGACAAUUAAUGAAUUACAUGAUCCAAUGUACCAGUAUCGAGUUGACACAGGAAAUUUUCAGGGAAUGAAGGUUUUCUUCAUGGUGGUGGCCGCCACGUACAUCCUAUACCUUUUGUUCCUGAUCGUGCGGGCCUGCUCCGAGCUGCGUCACAUGCCUUAUGUAGAUCUCAGGUUGAAAUUUUUGACAGCAUUGACUUUUGUAGUGCUUAUCAUUAGCAUCGUCAUCCUUUAUUUGAGGUUCGGAGCGCAAGUAUUACAGGACAAUUUUGUAGCUGAACUGUCAACUCACUACCAGAAUUCAGCUGAGUUCUUAUCUUUCUACGGCUUGUUGAACUUUUACCUCUACACUCUGGCCUUUGUGUAUUCGCCCUCGAAGAACGCCCUGUACGAGUCCCAGCUGAAGGACAAUCCCGCCUUCUCCAUGCUCAACGACUCGGACGACGACGUGAUUUACGGGAGUGACUAUGAAGAGAUGCCCCUGCAGAACGGCCAGGCCAUCCGGGCCCAGUACCAGGAGGGCUCCGAGAGUGACUGAGCCCCCAUGCCUGCUUCCCGGCCUGCCCUGUACCCGCCUGAACGCAGACCUCUCUUACAAGCAGAGAUUUCCUGAUCCUUAUUUGUUUACAUAUUUUUGAAAGGAAAACCAAAACUGAGGACAAAUUUAAACCUUGGGCCAGACUUACCGUUAAGACUGACUGCGUUUGUUUGGGAAGAGAAGCACUGGCAAAAAGUUUAAACAGCCAGAUCAUUUUUCAAAGAUUUCAUAUGAGAUAUAGCUGUUUUCAGUGGUGAGAAGGAAAUUACUGCUGUUUUUUGUAGAGAGAAUUAUGUACUUAAAAACAUUUUUACUAAUUUCACGUUCCUGGAAGGCCCUUAUGAAUCAGGUCCACAGCACGGUGGUGUCCUCUGCUCCCUUCCUUUCUUCCCUGCCCCGUGGUACCAACUUUUGACCCUUGAAACCCAAAGGGAAGCCUGUUUCUGUGGCUGCCCCAUGAGGGCAGCGCUUCCCCACCGAGUGACCUGUGCUCUGGAUGAUCACGCAUCUCAAGCGAGGGGUAACUUGUGUCGCUUGCUGUGUGCGAUGUGUACGUAUGUAAUGGCUCUUUGGGGAAAGGGAGGAGGGUGGGCAGGUCCUAGCCCUUCGCUGCCACCAAAGCAGAGCUGGUGUCUUGGAGUUCUGAGGAGCGUCUGAGAAGGCUUGUAAAGAAAGGGUAAGAUGAUUGACAGGUUGUCAGCUCCCACAGGAAGGGUCUUGUUGCCAGUUUUCUAAGGGCCUGUGUGCACACGUGAGUAAUGCGUGUGAGCGUUACAUAAUGAAGACGAAUGAUGUCCCUGUGCAUAGAGACAUCAUUCAUAUUCGUGGGGAGGCGGGUAUCCAUUACAAUUCCAGUAAGCAGGAGUUUCUGCAACUCUGUUAAAGAUGAUACCUUGUAGAGCUCUGUUUGUUUUGUUUUGUUUUUUUAAUAAAAGUUAAACAAGUGAUUGGU